GCAACAGGUGACUUGAUUUGACGCUGCCCGGCUUGCGCCUUCAUCUUGUUGUCUUCCAUCAACAAUCCAACUGGCGUUUGCUUUGCAAGCGAUUCUUUGUAUUUACCACGACUCGAAAACCCCGUAAACUCCGAAAACACCAUGUCGUUCGAUCUAGAAUCUGGCCGCGGGGGCUAUACCGAUGACCCGGCCUUCCAAGAACUACAGUACAACCUCAAGAGCAAAUUACAGACCCUCCUGAGCAGCAAUCGGAAACUCGCCAACGAUGUCAACGUGUUGGGCACUAGGAAGGAUACCCCGCGCCUGCGGGAGCGAGUUCACAACAGCAUGGAUAAGACGAGGGAUAUGUGCAGAGAGAUUGGCGAUGGUGUCAAGCGGCUUCAAACAUGGGAGGACUUGACCAAACAACAAAAGUACGAACAAACAAAGGUUUCGAGUGACUUUCAGGCUGCACUUCAGGAAUUCCAGAGCCUUCAGCGACGAGCCCUUGAAAAAGAGCGCGCAUCAAUUACCGCCGCUCGUGCGGCACAGGAAGGCGAGUCGGCCGAGGGCGCUUCAUCCGAAACCCAAUUAGAGCAACUCCAACAACAAGAACAGCGCGUCGUACUCGCACCUCAGGACGAGGUCGACUUCCAGGAAGCUCUCAUCAUUGAGCGCGAGGAAGAGAUCCGCAACAUUGAGCAGGGUGUCGGCGACCUGAACGUCCUCUUCCGACAAGUAGCGCAAAUUGUGAACGAGCAGGGGGAGCAGCUGGGCUCGAUCGCUGACAGAGUGGAAGAUGUCAGAGAAGACACGCGCCAGGCUGACGUCGAAAACCGACAGGCCGCGCGGUACCAGAAGGCAGCCCGCAACAAGAGCUGCUGCCUAUUGUUAAUCCUCGCUGUCAUUCUGACCAUUGUUAUCCUUGCUAUUGUCCUUGACUAGAUCAUUUAGAGCGCAGCCUUUGACGAUUAUGGGUGGUAGUUCUUGUUUUUGAAGGCGUCUAUCGGAGUUUUCUAGGUAUACACAGCUUUGAGAGCAUGCAAUGGUGUUUGCAGACCAAGCUUAAUCAAAUGCUCUUCCCUUGCGUCUUUUCCCCUUUUUGUGACUGGCGUGGUGGUAAGAAGGGCAGUUCAUUACUUGGCUUGGGUAUUAUCAGGCUUUUAGUUUUCGGUGUAAUCAUUUUUGUCAAGAUCAUAUCAUUGAUCCGAGUGAAAGCAAAUGAGGUGCCCCAGUAGAGAAAGACGGCGCUGGGCAGAUCGGCAAACAUGAGAGGCACCACAGGCACCAGUAGCAUGAUCCUGCUUAGAAGUUGAGUCAAUCUAACGACGACUGGGCGAGCAAGUUCGUCGCCAUGACUCAUGCCCAACAGGAUUUUGAGCUGGGCCUUAUCCAUCCUGCCCCAGAUACUCCAAACCAGAAUGCCCGAGCAGAUGACGGGUAGGCCACAGUAAGGAUCAGCUGAAGACAAGUCGGUAAACCAGAGCAAGCCUCCAUUCGUCAGUGACUCGUCGAACAUGCUGCUUGCAGCUCCUAGGCCUGCUGUUGUUGAAUCUGCAUUGCCCAGACCGAUUUGAUGACUGAUCCAACCCAAGGGGGCAUCACAUUUGCGUCGCAAUGCUUCAGACACGGUGACAAAUGGGAUUAUUCCGGCCACCGGUACAAAGCUUUUCCAGCGCUGCACACCCCAGGUCUUGUAGAUACGUUUCUUUGACUUUGUAGAAGCACCAUAAGCGCGAAGAAGUCGGAGUUGAAGAGGCAAAUCCCGGUCUUUUUCAUUCUGUGCCCUUAAAUGACGGCGCGUCCAAGCUGCAGUCAACGGUUCCAACGGUUUUCGGCCCUCUUGUACACCACGAACGUAGUAUUGAAGAGGGAAUCGAAC